GCAGUCACAUUUUCUCCACUGCUGGCAGCCCAAGUCACCAGUCCUUGCGCAGGGUGCCAGAGCGCUGCUGGGCCCAUGGAGAGACCGGUGAAGGAUGGGAUCCUCUAUGUGCAGCACUACAAAUUUGGAAAGAGGUCCUGGAGGAAGAUGCGAGCCCAGCUCUUUGCUGCCAGUGCCUCCGGCGUGGCCCGCAUGGAGAAGUUCGACGUGCGGGAUGAUGGCAUGAUGCUGGAGAAGCCCUCGCUGCGGCAGUGCACCCGCCGGGUGAUCCGCCUCUCUGACUGUGUCUCCGUGGGCCCCGUGGGCACAGAGAGCUGCCCCAAAGCCACUGCUGCCUUCUACCUCACCACCACGGAGAAGAGCUACGUGCUGGCUGCCGAGCAGCGCGAUGAGUGGAUCUCCCAGCUCUGCCAGCUGGCCUUCCAGGGGACAAAGGAGAUGACACAGAGGAACACCAGGACCCAGCCCAGCCCCCCUGUCCCCAUGGAAGAGAACGUCCUCUACUCCUCCUGGCAGGACUUGACUGAAUUCCUGGUGCUGGUGGUCUGGACGGAUGCGGCUGCCCGCUGUGGCCUGCGUGGGCACUACCUGCUCUCAGUCCUUCCCCAGAGCCUGACGCUGAAAGACCUGCAGUCCCGCCAGCCCCUGCUCACCUGGCCCUACCCCUUCCUCCGCAAGUUUGGCCAGGAUCAGACUGUCUUUUCCUUCGAGGCUGGCCGCCGCAGUGACACUGGUGAAGGCACCUUCACCUUCAGCACCCCCCGGGCCCCGGAGCUCUGCCGCGCUGUUGCCGCUGCCAUCGCCUGCCAGCAGCAGGGCAAGGACACCCCAGACCCCCGGCUCUCUGCACAGGGCCUCGAGCCCCAGUCCUGGAGCCCUGGGGCUGAGGAGCCCCAGCCCAGCCCCACCCCUGGGGGGUCACAGCCCCCAUCCCAGGCCCCUGCCAGCCUUCUCCACUUCUCCCCUGCUGAGCCAGAGGGCACAGGCCCCAUCGUCUAUGCCUCCAUCGCACGGAGCCAGCAGCAGCCCCUGUUUGCAGCAGGGGCGCCGGGCUGCAGUGAGGCCUGGGCUGCAGGGAAGCCGCCCCCUGAGCAUCUCUACGAGAACAUCUUCUCUGCGGAGCCGGGUCCAGCCAGGGCCGAGGAAGAGGAGAAAGGGCGGUGGGAGCUGGAGUGCCGGCAGGCCCCCGAGGGCCACAGCAGCGAGGCGACCCCCCUCUAUGACAACCGGGCAGCCAUGACCCAGCUCCCGCGGGGCAGCCCCCAGCAACCCGAGCAGCGCUGGGGCAGGGGGGGGCAGGAGCCGCUGUCUGGACGCGCCGGACACAAGCCCCAGGGCACCCUCCGUGCCAGGCUGGUGCGGCUGCUGAGCCGGGAGGCCCCCGGCCCGCGGGACUGGGCCUGAUCGCGGUCUGGAUGAGGUUCGGUGGCGCGGGGCGGUGAAUAAACAGCCAGGGCAGGA